AUGGAGCAUCAAAACACGAUUUCGUCAAUUUAUUCUGCUCUGGAAAAUGUACCUCUUAUUUUGGCACCACAGUACUCCGCAUUACAACCGGUAACAAUGCCUCAUGAUUUUACACUUGAUCUACCUCCUGUGAAUAAGUAUGACUUUAAUCUUGAACGUCAUAUUAUCGCUGAUUCAGAACGAUUUAGACAGGAAAAUGCCGCUUUGAUGCAAAUACGAGCCCAGAAGUUACAAGCUCUUCAGGAUGCACGCAUUCGCAAGCAAAAAGAGGAAGCCAGAAAAAUAGCUCCUGGAUUCUUGGAUACAGAUCGAAGACUUUUAACUCCCGUGCCAAUGCACACAUCAUCUAAGCGAACCAGUCAGCAAGUAGAAAAUGGUAAUACUGCACCCAUUGGUGGUGAAGUUAGCAAUGACAAUCAGAAAGUGUUGCACGGGCGUUCUGCAUCAGAUGAAUUACCAAAUCAUGUUGUGGAGCGAAUGAAAUUGAAGGAAGAGGGUGAUGUAGAAGAGAGCAAACUUGCCAAAUCAUUGGUUUAUCUCGAAUUUGAGGAGAGUCUUCCCUCACACAAUUCGUCGGAUCCUCCAAAUACGAUACAAAAUGAAAUAGCAAUAUUGCAGGGAGUAAUCAGACCUUCAGUACCGUCCACAUCACAAAAUGAAGUAAAAAAUUUCGUUUCAAACGGACUUACCAUGUCUCAAACUACUACUGGAUUGCAUAUGGGUCCAGAAGUAUCACUGGCUCCUUCUACUAAUUUUAACAUGUUCCACAUAUCACCGAGAUUACAGCCAGUAAUGGCUCCUCCUGUACAACAGCAACCACAGCCAUUUACUUUAGGGUCAUCUUUACCAAAUCAUAGCAGUCCUGAAAAAUUUAUAUCACAAAAUUUAGCUAAUAUGCGUAUAUCUCCUCCAAAUACUGCAAAUGCUUAUACAUCACCUUUAAGUUCCAUGAGUGCUCGCAAUAUUUCUGCCCCUAACCUUCAAGGUGAAAUGCAAAGAGUCUAUACUUCUCCUUCAUAUUCUUACGAAAGACGUCCCUCACAUCAGUCACAUAUUAUUCCUCCUACUCUUCCUACCCGGCCUCCAAAAGAGGCGUUAUCCUCGUCACCUUCAACUUCCCAUAUUGAAGAGGAAAGUGAUGUUGAUGAAAAUGAUACAAAUAGUGAAAUGAUCAAACAAUUUAUAAAUAUGGGAUUUUCAAAAGCGCAAGCUAUUGAUGCGUUGGAAAAGUUUGAUUAUGAUCCUCAUCAAGCAACAAAUUAUUUAUUGGAUUUACAAUAA